CUUCCCCGACAUUCUUCUCUCUUUCCCAAAAGCACACCUGCACUUUUAACAGAGUGGGAAUGGCCCCAAUUUGUCAGAGCAAAACCGAGCAUGAAAUGAUCUGAAGAAGAAGAGAAAGAGAAAGAGAAUCCACCGGUUGAUACUUUUUAUCCAAACCCACCAAUCUGUUUUCUUCUUUUCCGUCAUUUCUCUCUCGAUUAUUCAAUCUUCAUAGAACCCUGAGCUGUUCUAUCUUCUUUACUCCCAAAACCCAACUGUAUUUCCCCAUCUCGCCAUGGCAAACAACCAACCAGAGGGAUACGCUGAUGAUUUCUUUGAGCAAAUCCUUUCAAUCCCUUCUUACGGUAGCUUGCCUCCUGUACCGCAGAACGGUGGCUCCAGGCAGUCUUCAGCUUCGCAUCUUGGUUCUGGUGAUGGGUUUCAGCAGUCGUUUGUCCCUUUAGGUCUGAGUCUUGACAACGGAAGAGAUGACCACCAUAGAGAGAUAGAGCCAGCCAACAACAUGACCUCUUUCUUUCCUGGGUAUGAACAGUUACAGACCCACUCUAUACGGCCAACUAUGUCUCAUCUGCAACAGGCUUAUAAUGUGCAACCAAUUACCAGUAGUACAACAGUAUCUGUCUCACAUCCGCCCGCUAUCAGACCACGGGUUAGGGCUAGACGUGGACAAGCCACUGAUCCACAUAGUAUUGCUGAACGGCUUCGUAGAGAAAGGAUAGCCGAAAGGAUUAAGGCUUUACAAGAACUUGUUCCCAGUUGCAGUAAGACAGACAGGGCUGCUAUGCUUGAUGAGAUUCUUGAUUAUGUGAACUUCUUGAGGCUCCAAGUCAAGGUUCUAAGUAUGAGUAGGAUUGGUGGAGCUGGAGCAGUUGCCCAACUUGUGACCAAUGCCUCAUUACCUGAGGAAGAGAAUCGAGAAAGUGGGUGCAAUGAAAAUGCAUGGGAUAAAUGGUCAAAUGACGACGUGGAAGAAGAAGUUGCCCGGCUCAUGGAAGAAGAUGUUGGAGCAGCAAUGCAAUACCUUCAAUCGAAAGCACUUUGCAUCAUGCCCAUAUCACUUGCUGCCCUAAUUUACCCAAACCACCAGUUGGACACUCCUGGUUCUGUGAAGUCUGAACCAAACGGACCCUCGGAGACCUCUUAACUAUUUGCAGGUCUAUCUAUCCAUCUAUCUAUCUAUCUAUGUUUCCCCUUGUAUUUUGUAACAAAUGCCAUCAUCCUUGUUUAAUUUAGUAGCUUUUCCAAACUAGGUCUAGCUUCAAGAUAAUUCUGAAAAUCCAUACCACCUUUCUAACUUAAGGCACUUACUUCAUCAUGCUAUCUAUUGAACCAUUUUCAAUGUUUUCAAUU